AUGAAGGCAUUCUACUCCUUCCCUCUCCUUUUUCUCCCUUCUCUGGUCUCUGCUACGCCCAGUGAUCUCACCACUAUCGAGCUAGACAAAAGGGCGUGCACACCUUUCAAAAACCCCCUAACUAAUGCCAGCGGCUGUUGUGAUAUUGUAUCCGCCCAACUCUUCUGGGUGGAUAUACUCCUCGGUAUUGGAGUCUGCUGCCCAAUCGGCCAGGUUCUUGAGGGCUUCAAUUGUGUCACUCCCUCUUCCGGCGGCUCUGUUUGCAGUGGCAAGGCCGUGUGCGCAAACAAAACCGGCGUUGAUCUGGGUAUCAAGUACGGACAUUGCUACGUCCUCCUCAGCUUGAACAAUAACUACCUCGGCCAUGACAAUGCUCUUAAAUACGUCGUGAUGGGCGAGAACCCUGGUGUAGUCUUCCGUGUCUGCGGUGACACGACUACUUGUACCACCUCUGCCGAUCAAUACGUCCCAGUCAAUGGUACAUGGUACAUGCAAGAUCAGAUGGGAGAUCCCAACGGUAGCGGAUUUGCCUGGCUCGGAGGUGCUGGAGACCUGAACAUUGUGAAUUCUACAGACCAGGCACUUGCCAUGGGUGGCUCCUCUACUUGUUUUGGCGGUAACUGCGCUAUUUGCAUUACCUUCCCGCCAGGUGGUGCUCAUGCUCCUUGCCCUCUUACUCCAGGCCAGUCUCACUUGGGAAUUGCUGCCAAUCCAAAUAGUUGCCAGAACUUUUAUUGGCAAGAAGUGUCAUGCCGUUCGGAGAACCAGCUUGCUGAAUGCCAGAUCUCGCCAUCGACUGCCAAAUCCGAAUCAGUGGGAUACGUGGCACAGGUGUAA